AUUGCUGUUCAACUUAAUAUUCCACAUGCAAAUAAUAUUGUCCAAACUUGUACUAAUCAACAAUGCAUUCAUGGUGAAUGUAUUCGAUAUUUAAAUGAUUCGGAAAAUGUUAGUUUUUGUCAAUGUAAAUUAGGUUGGACGGGACGAUACUGCACUAUUCCUCAAAUAUGCACCUGCUCAUCUGAUUCAUUAUGUGUUGGUAUUGCAGCAAAUAAUCGAUCGAUAUGUGUAUGUCAUAUUAACAAGUUUGGUUCUGAAUGUUUAUUAACUAAAACCGUAUGCCAACACGAUCCAUGUUUUAAUGGAGGCGUAUGUAUACCUUCUGAUGAACAUAGUGCAUCUCAUCGACCAUAUAUAUGCAUCUGUCGAAAAGGAUUCUAUGGACAAAGAUGCGAAGUACCUGAUAACCAAAUUAUUCUUUCAUUCCACAACAAUCUUAAUUUGUCUUCGCAAUCACUCGUAUUUGUUCAUUUCAUCUAUUUUUUCCAUCAUGCUUUACAUAUGCACAACAAAAAUCCCACAAAAAUAUGUGAAAAUAAAACUUCAAGUAUUAGUUAUUGGUCAUAUCCAUUUCAGAUUGCUUUUGUCGAACUUUCACCAUUCCAAUACUACUUGAUUGCUAAUAAAAAAGUAGACGACUAUUCAUCAGUUAUUGUUCGAAAUAUUGAUCCAUCCGAUCGUUGUCGAUCUAUAAAUGAAAUAUUUAUUGAAAGCAUGAUUCAAAUACAUCUCAUUCAACGAAUUAAAUAUUAUCAUUUACCAUGUCAGAAUCGUUCAUUAAAUAUAUCUUGCUUUUAUGAUGAAAUUCACAUGUGUUUAUGCCAGGAUUUUGGUGAUCAACGUUUAGCUAACUGCUUCCUGUUUAAUCAUCAUAUCAAGCUUGAUGAUUUAACAUUGCCUCACAACCAAUUCGAACGUGAAUGUUCGGAAGAUUAUUCAUUUAAUUCAUCAUUUUUAUCAACGUCAUCUAUCCCAUCAAGUACACCAUUAGAUAGUGGCAUGUCAUCUAUUUACGCUUGCGAAUAUUUUCUAUAUUUAUUCAUCUUGCUAUUUUGUUUACAUAUUCUUUACACACAAUGA